GACUGUGUGCAAUACUUCUCUAUUCAAAUAAACACGCUGUGCAGUGUUGAAUAUUGAAGAUACGGAACAGUUCCGCUUUAGAGUGCGCUUCCUGAAAGUUAGCAUGUGAUGUGAAAAGAUUUAAAAGAAAGUUACAAUGGGUCUUAAGACUCUCAUUUGUGUCUUAUGGGCAGUAUGUGUGGGUCAGACUGCAGGAAGCCAGCAUGGUCCAAACAUAAUCAUCAUGCUUAUGGAUGAUAUGGGAUGGGGUGAUUUGGGAGUAUUUGGGGAGCCCUCCAAGGAAACUCCAAACUUGGAUCAGAUGGCUGCUCAGGGAAUGCUGUUUCCAAACUUCUACACUGCCAACCCUCUGUGUUCCCCCUCCAGGGCUGCUUUGCUUACUGGAAGACUUCCUGUGAGAAAUGGAUUCUACACCACCAAUGCUCAUGCUAGGAAUGCAUACACACCUCAGGAGAUAGUGGGGGGAAUAUCUCAGGACGAGAUCCUGCUUCCAGAACUGCUGAAAAAGAAAGACUAUGUCAGCAAGAUCGUCGGCAAAUGGCACCUUGGGCACAGAACUCAAUACUUACCUCUGAACCGUGGCUUUGAUGAAUGGUUUGGUUCACCCAACUGCCAUUUAGGCCCAUACAAUAACAGUGUCCGUCCCAAUAUACCUGUCUACAACAACUCCGAAAUGAAGGGAAGGUAUUAUGAAGAGUUUCAGAUUAAUAGGAAAACAGGGGAAUCCAACCUCACCCAAAUCUAUUUGAAGGAAGGCUUGGACUUUAUCUCUCAGCAAGCCACGGCUCAGCGGCCCUUCUUUCUCUACUGGGCUCCAGAUGCAACCCACGCGCCUGUCUAUGCCUCAAAACGCUUUCUGGGAAAGAGCCAGAGAGGGCGUUAUGGCGAUGCAGUGAUGGAGCUGGAUGACAGCAUCGGUCAGCUUCUGGCUCACCUGAUCAUUCUGGGAAUCCACAAUAACACAUUGGUGUUCUUCUCCUCGGAUAAUGGGGCAGCAUUGACAUCUGGACCGCAUCAAAGCGGCAGCAACGGUCCAUUCCUCUGUGGAAAGCAGACUACAUUUGAAGGCGGGAUGAGGGAACCAGCCAUUGCCUGGUGGCCUGGAUGGAUCCCUGCUGGCACGGUGAGUUAUCAGCUGGCCAAUGUGAUGGAUCUCUUCAGCACGAGUCUAUCUGUGGCUAACGUUCUUCCCCCUGAUGAUCGUGUCAUUGAUGGUCUCGAUUUAAGUCCUGUCCUCUUCAACAACUCACUGCUAGACAGACCCAUCUUCUAUUAUCGUGGCAACCAGAUGAUGGCAGUGCGGAUCGGGCAAUACAAGGCACACUAUUGGACUUGGAGCAACUCAUGGGAGGAAUUCAAGAAGGGUAUAAACUUCUGUCCUGGCCAGGAGGUUCCUGGUGUUACCACACACACGCAGAAGGAACACACCAUGCAACCUCUUAUCUUCCACCUAGGACGGGACCCUGGGGAGAGAUACCCAAUCAGUGAAUCCGUGUCAGGCUGCUGACCGUCUGCUCUUCUGUGCACCCAGCUGGAGCGGUCGGUGCUCAUUAAUCUCUGUCUACACCUAAAGAGCCACUUAAGAUGAUGUAGAGCCUGUCUAUGCACAUACCUCCAGUCCAACGGCAGACUGACAGCACAGCCACACGUGCCCACUGUCCACCACAGACCUCAUACUACGCCUUUGGUAUACUUCAAGAAACGAGGGGCAGGUGGUGUUUUUGAUAAUCCAAAUGGUUUAAAUACAUUGCAAGUUAAAUGUAUUUCAUCUCAUUUGAUUGUUUUUAUUUGAUAGAUACAAAUCAAAAGACAGGUCUAUUAAAAAAGGUGAACUGCCUAUUUUGUCCACCUUACGUUUUACAUACAAAGAAAUGAAUAGUAUUUUUGAAAAAACUUAAUAGUUUACAGUACAUUACAGUAUAGUAAUAAUUUACAGUACACUUGCAUCAGACGACAUUGCAAGAAGACAUAUUGGUAGCUUAGAAAAGUUGUUUUUCUCUACAUGAGGUCUUUCAUUAUGUUGAGAUCACAUGAUUAGUAUACUACACAUUUUUAAUUCAGAACCCCGUUAUGAUUGACACUUUGUUGGUUGUGGUGGGUGACAAAUACUUUAAUAGAGUAGUAUAUAAUAAUACUCUAAAUAAAAGAGUAUUUCCACGAUGGAAUCAGUAACUUUUUCUUUUAACUGAAGCUGCAUCCACACCACUAGUUGUUAGCAGAAAGUCCUUGACCACUGUCAUAUUAACCAGAAUAACAACAACAAAUUUUUUUUUACAAUUAAUAUGAAAUGACAUUUACAGCCCAUUACUUGAACAAAAGCUGCAGUACAGAAAAUUUUUGGUUAAAAACAAACAAACAAACUUUGAGUUUUAAAAAAAAGGGACACAGCAUGUAGUAAUG